UCUAUGGAUAUCGGCUUCACGUGGUUUGAGCUCCAAAAACAAACGGGUUAAGGAAAAAAGUAGGUCGUCUAUGACUGAACCACAAGUGUCGGAGAUUUAAUCAAGCAUAAGCAUCAACAGCUGAGGACAAGAGCACUAGUCACGUCUUAGAGGCAGAACUGACAGGUCACUUGUGUUGGUGGCAACAUGAGUUGGAACUUCCUGACACGCUUGCUAGAUGAGAUCUCCAAACACUCCACUUUUGUAGGGAAAAUCUGGCUCACCCUUCUCAUAAUAUUCCGAAUUGUUCUGACAGCAGUGGGCGGUGAGACCAUCUACCAAGAUGAACAGAACAAGUUUGUGUGCAAUACUUUACAACCCGGUUGUGAGAACGUAUGUUAUGAUGCUUUUGCCCCUCUGUCCCACAUUCGGUUCUGGGUUUUCCAAGUCAUUAUGAUCACCACACCGUCUAUUAUGUACCUUGGCUUUGCCAUGCACAAAAUUGCUCAAAUGGCCGAUUUUGAAUACCGAGCGCGUAAGCACAAGCGGCUGUCUGAUGUCCAUGGAGACUAUGACGAAACUGAUGAGAUGGGAGAGGAAGUUCCCGUGAUCCUGGAGGAGAAAGAGCCUUCUGAGAAGGAAAAUAAAGUCAAGACUAUUGAUAAAUCCAACCCUUCAGCCUCUAAACAUGAUGGCCGCAGGCGCAUUAAAAAAGAUGGCCUUAUGAGGGUAUAUGUGCUGCAUUUGCUCUCUCGAGUUGCCUUCGAGAUAGCUUUUCUUUUCGGCCAGUACGUUUUGUAUGGUUUUGAAGUGGCACCUUCCUACAUUUGCACUCGCAGCCCAUGCCCACACACUGUGGACUGCUUUGUGUCGCGACCCACUGAAAAGACCAUCUUCCUGGUGAUCAUGUAUGUUGUCAGUUUGCUCUGCUUGGUGUUGACAUUCCUGGAAAUCAUUCAUCUCGGAAUUGGUGGUUUGAGGGACACUCGUCCCCGUAGAUCAGCUACGAGAGUCCAGAAACGUGCACCAUCUCAUUCUACAAUCUCUAACCGCCUUGCCAGUGCCCCACCAAGAUAUCUCCCCACCCUGAGGAAGGACACCUCUGGCAGGCCGAAGUCACCUGUCCCGGGAGACUCUGGACGGGAGUCAUUGGCCGAUAAUAGCACAAAUCAUGAUAUAGAGCGUCUGCGAAGACACCUGAAAAUUGCACAGCAAUGUCUGGAACAGGUCUAUCACUGUGAGGAAGGCGGGGCUUCACAAAGCAAAGGUCUGAUGUCAAACAGUAUUGCUAUUGAACAAAACCGGCUCAACCUAGCCAAGGAGGAUCAUCUCAGCGAUGGAGAGACAGAGGUUCAUGCCUGAAGCACGUUUUCCCAUUCAUCUGGCUCUCCAUUAGACAGAACAACCAUAGGAUGGGAAUUGGAGCGCAAUCAUUUUCGCAAGAUUAUGUGUUUGUGUGCAUGCGUGCCUGAUAAUGCAUUUUAGAACUUGUUACAUACAGUAUUAAAAACAUAAUCAACAGCAUUAAUGCAGUGAGUCUAAGAAACUUCCAUUUUUCAUGACAAGAAUUGUAUCACGUUAGGGAAGGCUCACUCAAAACUGAAAAAUCGGUCAUCAUUUAUUCUCCCUAUUGUUAAUUUAAAUCUGUUUGACUUUCUUUUUGCUGAAUAUUUUGAGGAAUAUUAAUAUCGAAACAAUGGCGAUAUCCAUUGAUUUCUAGUGCAAGUGAAUGGAAACCGCCGUUGGCACCGAGUAUACUAUAUAAGUUUCAACGGUUCAUUAUUGAAUUUAAAGCAUAAAUAUAUACAGUACUCUGCAAAAAUCUUAGGAAUGUUAGUAUUUUCACCCCAAUAUUUUCGUUUGGAGGCUGUCUUUGAGACAUUCCAGCAGUUCUUUUGGAUUUAGUUUGUCUCAGUUUUUACUUUUUCUAGUAAUAACAGACAUAUUUGAUGAUGGUGGUACCGUAUCUCAUUUGGAGCACCAGCUACUGGCACACUUCUUGUGUGUACCAAAAACGAACUGGAUUAUUAGAAAUAAUUGCUAAAUUAAUGUUUAAAAAUGUAAACUUUACUAAGGUAUUUACUACUGCACACCACAACAAAAUAUGAAAAACUAAAGUGCCCAUGACUUUUGCACAGGGCUGUGCGUGUCUAAAAAAAUAUAUAGUCUUUUUACUCCCAUUGUGAUAUAUGUUUAUGAGGAAGGUAUGGUUCAGUUACAUUUUUACUUCAACAGUCAUUCAGAUUUCUCAGCAUGGUUACGUUACCUUGAUAGAACAUCUGUGGUGAUGUGGGGGCUCAUGAAAGAGUGGAUCUGGCAAAGUAAUAAUCAAAAACAAGUAAAAAUGUAUUAAACAAACAGAAGAGACGAACUGGAGAUAUGUCUAUAACCAGCUGGACAAAAUGAGCAACACAAACCAUAUUCUUCAUAAAAGGAUCAUUAUUCUGAUUUUAUUUUUACAAUUUGAUGCAAUCAACUGUUAAUUCUAAAAAUCUGGUUACAAUGACACAACAUCUAAUAAAUGUAAUGAAUAACAUAAAUCUAAUAUCAUAUUUUGUGUUAACAAGUGAGCACAAUACAUUCGGACAUGGACCAGACAUGGAAAUAUGCAGAGCUAGAUUUUAAGUCAUUGAGAUACUUCACCCAAAAAUGAAAAUUCUGUAAUCAGUUACUCACAUUCCAGUUGUUCCAAAUCUGUCUAAAUUUCAUUGUUCUGAUGAAAACAGAGAAAGAUAUUUGGAAGAAUGCUUUUAACAUAUUUUGCCCACCAUUGACUCCCAUAGAACACAAAAGAAGACAUUUUGAAGAAUGUAGGACAACAAACAGUUCUGGGGCACUUUUGACUACCAUUGUAUUUUUUCCUUCUAUGGUAGUCAAUGGGGGGAAAAAUCUGUCUGUUCUAAGGAUUCUCCCAAAUAUCAUUCUCUGUGUUCAUCAGAACAAAUACAUUUCGACAGGCUUUGGAACUCAAAGGUGAGUAAAUGAUGACAGAAUUUUUAUUUUUGGGUGAAAUAUUCCUUUAAUGCAAUUUGUCACAUUUGCAUUGGGUAGUUUUGACAUAUUUAAAUAUUAUAUAUAUAUAUAUAUAUAUAUAUAUAUAUAUAUAUAUAUAUAUAUAUAUAUAAUAUAGAAGUAAUUCAACUUAUUAAUUGAAAUAUAUUUUGGCCAAAACAAUGGGUUAUUUUUAUAUUUAUCUUGUAUUGUAAUUGAACUGUUUUGUAAGGCUUUUAAACCAGGCAGUAACAUUGUUUGUGAUAAAUUUCCACAUUUGCCAUAAAGAUAUGUUACCGGCAUGUCUAAUAUUAUGUAAGGUUUAUUAAUCAACAUAUGGAAAAUGAGUCCUUGGUCUGAAAAACAGAACUGUGUAUAUAUUAUUAAAUGCUGUUUGCCCGUGACAUUCAAUGUUUUUUGGGGGGGGAUUUGAUGGAAGUUAAUACAUUUUGUUCACUAAGUAACAAAAGCAACAGCAAUAAAAAUAUUCUUGUGUUUUGUUAUUAUAUGCAUUAAACAUACUGUAUUGUUUUUUUUUAUUGCUUAAGGUUUACACAAAAAGCAAUAGGCUUUACACUCAUGUAAGGCUUAUUUUAUAUUGUUGACUGCUAUUACUUUGGAUAAACACUAAGUGGUGUUUGGUUACAUUUUUUUACAAUUCGUUUAAAAGACUCCAGUCAUAUCAUUGAAUUACCAGCUUUUCACUUUACAUAUAGCAAAAAUGAAAAUGAUGGCAUGUGUCGCCAUGUUGGAAUAACAGCUAAAUAUUACUCAUGUGAUAUAAAUUUGAAAGCAACCACUGUCAUACUGACCAGUAAAACAGUAAAAAUUAAAUGAAUGUAUUAAAUUGUAUUUUCUGA